AUGCUCUCAAACGAAAUUACCAGCAAUGAACUAGCCACUGCGCAGACUCACGACGGCGACACAAUCAGUGGAAACAUCUCCAGCGGCAAUAGCAAAUCGCUUACCGCCUUGAAGAAGACAAACAAGAAAAAACCAUUGCCAUCCGUGCCAUUGAAAAGACCUGCUUUUGUCGUGAAACUGUGGAAAAUGGUCAACGACCCUUCCAACGACCACUACAUCUCCUGGAUGGCCAAGGGCGACGCCUUCCAGGUGAAAGAUCGCGAGAGCUUCAUGAAGUAUGUUCUUCCAAAGUACUUCAAACACAACAACUUUGCCUCUUUUGUAAGACAGUUAAACAUGUACGGCUGGCACAAGAUUCAGGAUGUCAACUCGGGUGCCCUCGUACAGACAGAUGAAGUCUGGCAGUUUGAAAACCCCAACUUUUUGAAGGGCAGAGAAGACCUUCUUGAUAACAUUGUCAGAAACAAGCCAGCCAGAGAAAACGAAGAGGAAGAAGUCGAUUUUAAGCAUCUGCUGACCCAACUAGAACAAAUGAAAAGAAAUCAGAUGUUAAUCUCAGAGGACCUUAAAAGAGUCAGACAGGAUAACGAGAUGUUGUGGAAAGAAAAUUUCAUUGCUAGAGAACGUCAUAAGAUACAAUCUGAAACGUUAGACAAAAUCAUGAGGUUCUUGGCCAGUAUUUACGGUAAC